AUGGUCCACAAUCUUCCAGAACAUUCCACAACAGUCGAUAGUGUUCUGGAAUGUUCCACAAUGGUCAGGAAUUGCCCGAAAUUUCUAGAGGGCGAAACUUCCAGUCCUCAUAUGUUCAACAGCACGCUCUUCAGUAGAAUCGUGCAGGCAAAAUCCGUAAUCGACAAUUUGUAUCCAGAAAAUUACACAAAUUAUGAUAUUCUACGAUCAACCGAAUUUGAAAAAUAUGGAGCUGUAAUUGCAACUGCAAAAAGUGGACAAUCUAUGUUUUUAAACAGUACUUUUGAAGAAUUAGAUGUCUUAGAUCAAGAAAUACGCAAUAUGACAAUACAGUGGAAUGGUAGAAGUUUAAAAUUCGCUGAUAUUUGUUGUAAAUUCGACGGACAAUGUAUUCAAAAUGAUAUAUUGAAGAUGAAGAGCAGAAUAGUGGAUUUCAAAAAAGGAAAUUUCAAAAUAAGAUAUCCAAUUGAUAUAAAUUCGAAAUCCUCAAAACUUGAAAUUUCUGCUAUAAAUUUAGGUGGUGUCACAACAGAUAAAGAUAAUGUUGUCAAAGACUUCAAAGCGGUGCGACUGCUGUAUUUUAUUGAUAGCGGCAAUUAUACGAAAUACGAAAUUGCUUCAUUCAUCGAAGAAGAAUUCAAUACUUUAACCGUGAAUAAUUUACCAAGUAUAAUUAUUUCACAGUUUAUUGUGUGUUCCUUUGCUGUCCUAACUUGCAUGACUACCGACUGCGUAAGUAGCAAACCAUGGAUUGGUGUGGCCGGAUAUUUAUCAUCCAUUUUAGGUGCUGCUACUGCGUUUGGAUUGCUGUUGCUAUUUGGUAUGGAGUACGUAGACAUGAAUACGCUCGUUCCUUUAGUCGUUCUAGGUGUUGGAAUAGACGAUUCCUUUGUCAUGUUGUCAGCUUUUAAGAAAACUAAUCCAGAAGAUUGUAUAGAGAAACGAAUGGCUGACACAUAUUCAGAAGCUGCCACUUCAGUCACCAUAACUACACUGACAAAUGUGACAUCAUCAUUUAUUGGUCUUACACUACCGUAUUCAGUAUCUAGAAUAAUCUGUGUCUAUUUGGCAUUUAGUUUUGUAUUUUCUUAUCUAUAUCAGCUAAUGUUUUUUGGAGGAUGUCUGGUGUUAAGCGGCUACAGAGAAAGUAGAAAUCUGCAUGCUUUAUACUGUGCACCUGUGAACUGGAAUCAGACGUCAGCCCAUAGUAUCGAGAAAUAG